AUGGAAUUAAUCAAUCAUGAUCCAUUAGUAACUUCAAUGAGUGAGGUGUUGGAUAGAUUGCCUCCCCUGUCCCCUUCAUGUUGCAUCUACAGAGUUCCUAAGCGAUUACGGCGCGUAAGUGAACAAGCCUACACGCCUCAGGUAGUCUCUAUAGGCCCCCUUCACCAUGGAAAAGAAGCCCUGAAAGCCAUGGAAGAGCUUAAAAAUAGGUACCUACAAGAUUUUUUACAUCGGACCAAUGUAAGUUUGGAAUAUUUUAUAAGGAAAAUAAGGGCCCAAGAAGCAAAACUGCGCAGUUGUUAUGCAGAGACCAUUGGGUUCAGUCGCGAUGAAUUUGUAAGAAUCAUUCUGGUGGAUGCGGCCUUCAUCAUCGAGGUCUUGUUGAGGUUCUGUUACAAGAAUUUGCAGGUUGAGAAUGAUCGUAUAUUUAACAAACCAAGGAUGUUGGAGGAUGUAUGGCCUGACAUGCGGAUGCUUGAAAAUCAGCUGCCUUUCUUCAUUCUUGAGGAUCUUUUCGAUCAUGAAAGAAAUAUAGUUGGCAUCCAGACGACAAUUAUUGAUCUUUCUUACCAUUUCUUCAAGACUCUAAUGCAUAUGAAGGACAUGGAAGACAUAGAAGACACUUUGACCCGGAUACGUCCUCCUCAUCAGGUAGAGCAUUUUGUUGAUUUUGUUAGAAAGUUAUAUCCACUGCCUCCACAAUUAAAAUCGAAACUGCCACCAGUUCAAGGGCCAUUCCAAACCCUAACCAUAGGCAUGAUAUCAUCAUGUGUAAUGGAUGUACCACAAGGUGGAGGGCAACUUGAAACCCAAACCAUACCCAGCAUGACACAGUUAUACCGAGCAGGGGUCAAGUUUAAGAAGGGGUCAAGCACAAACAUAUUCGACAUUCGGUUCAAUAUUGACGAUGGCAUUUUGGAAAUUCCAAAAAUAACAAUAAGUGAUCAAUCAGAGGUUACACUCACAAAUCUCCUUGUCUUUGAACAAACCCUAUGCAAGAAGGUAGAAAAUUACAUAAAUGAUUAUGUUGUCAUCUUAAACAUUCUUGUGAACACCCCGGAGGACGUGGCGUUGCUUGUUAAGAAUGGAAUUGUUGAAAACAAGCUAGGUGACAGCACUAAAGCCUGUACUAUGAUCAAGAACCUUGCUGACGGCGUCAUUAUGGCCGAUGAGUUCUACUUCACCACUCUUUGUGAAGACCUGAACAAGUACUACAGAAUGUUUAGGCACAGAUGGAAGGAAUAUUUGAUAAAAAAUUUCUUCAACUCACCUUGGACAACUAAGGAAAUCGUUGCAGCUGCUAUUUUCCUAAUGCUCACUUUCGUACAGACGGUGUGCUCUAUUAUCUCUGCUGCGCAACAAUAG